AUGAUAGGAAGUCUUCUUUACCUCACUGCUAGUCGACUUGACAUAGCCUUUAGUGUAGGUGUAUGUGCUAGAUUUCAGAGUGAUUCCAAGAAGUCCCACUUGUUUGCAGUCAAGAGGAUCAUCAAGUAUGUGAGUGGUACCACAAACUUUGGCUUGUGGUAUACCUAUGACACUAAUUCUGACUUAGUUGGCUUUAGUGAUGCAGAUUGGGCUGGUUGUAGUGAUGAUAGAAAAAACACUUAUAGGGAAGCUUUUUAUGUUGGCAACAACCUUGUUGCAUGGCAUAACAAGAAACAAAAUUAUGUCUUUCUGUCUACUGCGAGGCAGACUGUGGACACCAUUGGGGAUUUGGUUGUUGAAGACUUUGAAGAUGACUUUGCGGAGACAAACUUUGAUGGAUCUAAAGCCUCUAUGGAAUUUUAG